AUGUUCCAAUUCUUCAAGUCCCCAUUCUUCCAGUUCGAGUUCCUGCGGCUCCUCGCCAUGACCCCCUUUGAGGGCGGCGAGAUCGCAGAAAUUCUCGACGCUGCGAGCAAAAUCAAAGACCAAGACCCGGAAAGCUGGUACAGCAACUGGGUCGAGGUCGGGACCAAGGUCGAGCAGAUCGCCCAGGAGGCCGAAAGCACGGGUGACCGCGUCGCCGCGCGACGGGCAUACCUACGUGCAUCGAACUACCUGCGCGCCGCGCAGUUCAUGCUCAACGAAGGCCCCCUCGGCCACGACAAACGCGUUCUGCCGACAAUCGAGCGCGCCAUUGACGACUUCCGCCGCGGCGUCAAGUACCUCGACGGCGACGUGCACUUCCUUGACAUCCCCUACGAGAACAACGUCAAGCUCCCCGGCUACCUUUACCUCCCGCCGGCGGACAAGCGCCUCCCGCAUGGCCAGAAGACCCCGAUCCUGAUCAACACCGGCGGCGGCGACUCCACCCAGGAGGAAAUCUACUUCAUCAACGCCUCCGUCGGCCCCAGCCUCGGCUACGCCGUGCUCACCUUCGACGGGCCCGGCCAGGGCAUCGUCCUUCGCCGUGACCGGCUGCCCAUGCGCCCAGACUGGGAGGUCGUCGUCGGCCGCGUCCUCGACCACCUCGAGGAGUUUGCCCGCGCCCACCCGGAGUACGACCUCGACCUGGACCAUAUCGGCAUCACGGGCGCCUCCAUGGGCGGGUACUACGCGCUCCGCGGCGCGCUCGACCACCGCAUCGCCGCCUGCAUCAGCGUCGACGGCUUCUACUCCAUGGAGUCGUUCGCGCAGGGCCGCAUGCCCGCGUGGCUGUGGAAGCUCUUCAGCGGCGGGUACCUCUCCGACGGCGUCUUCGACACCGUCAUCGGCGCCAUCUCCGGCUGGACGUUCCAGACGCGCUGGGAGUUCAACCACAUGCGCUGGGCGAUGGGGCGCGCCUCCGACGCCCAGGUCAUCCGCCGCAUGCUGGACUACACCCUCGCCAAACCUGGCGGCGGCGAGUGGCUGCACGAGGUCAAGUGUCCCGUGCUGGUGACGGGCGCGGGGUCGAGCUUUUAUUUUGAUCCCGAGACGACGACGCGCAGGGUCUUGCGGAGCUUGAGCCAUUUGCCUGAGCACAUGAAGGAGGAGUGGGUGGCGAGCGAUGUGGUUUUUGGCGGGUUGCAGGCGAAGAUUGGGGCAUUUGGGUAUUCGAUGCAGAGGACUUUUGCGUAUUUGGAUGGGAAGUUUGGGGUGCAGAGGGAGAGAUUGGUUGUGAAGGAUGCAACUGGGAGAGUGUAUUGA